CCAGUCCGCUAGAGGCGCUCUCGAUCAGAAACACUCUCCAGUACUUGACUCUGAAAAAUUCCGACACAGAAGCGACCGAGGAAGUGCUGGAGAAUAAUAUUGUGAAAACAAUACAUCAUUACAUAAACUCAUAUUUUCAUCUGUUGCAUGUUUGAUGCUGACAGACAGGUUGUAAUGGAGACGCCUGAACCCGGUCAGGCAGAUGGAGAGGAGCGGAUGGUGGAGCUGAGACCCAGGACCCGGUCCAAUCCGGAGGGUGCGGAGGACCGGCGCAGCAGCACCGGCAGCCUGAACAACAGCCUGGCGUCCCCGCCGCAGCCGGCCGUGGGCAGCCGUGUGGAGGGAGAGGGAGAGGCGGCUAGCUCCGACAGCCCUCCGACGACUUCUGCCGCUGUUACUGCCACAGGAAACUCCACCGCCAGCCUGCCUGCGAUGGCUCCCACGCUGAAGGAAAGACCCAAACCCCCUCAGCAGGCCAUCGGCACCCCGAUCCCCCCAUCAGCAGAGUUACACCUGCGGGCACCACGAGUCAACUGCCCCGAGAAAGUGAUCAUCUGUUUGGACCUUUCUGAGGAGAUGUCUCUACAGAAACUGGAGUCAUUUAAUGGAUCCAAGACGAACGCCUUGAAUAUUUCACAGAAGAUGAUCGAGAUGUUUGUGAGAACCAAGCACAAGAUUGACAAAAGGCAUGAGUUUGCUCUGGUGGUGGUGAAUGAUGACGCCAUGUGGUUAUCAGGAUUCACGUCUGACCCGCGAGAGCUGUGCAGCUGUCUGUACGACCUGGAGACCAACGUCUGCGAGUCCUUCAAUCUGGAAGAUCUCCUCAAUGUCAUUAUGCAGAAAAUUGAACUUCCUCAAAUGGAGAACAUUCAGACCAUCCCGCCUCCUUUCGUAGUCCGGACUCUUCUCAUCUUCAGCCGGCAUGCUGGCAUGCUUCAGUUCAACCCCUCUGAUGCUGCCAAAAAAAUGCUGCAGUCUCCCUAUUUCUUCUUUGAUGUUGUUUAUCUUCAUAACGGCACUGAAGAACAAACAGAAGACACCAGCUGGAAGGACGUGUACGCCUCCUUCAGUGAGCUGGACUCUAAGGGGAUGUGUUAUCGCUUCGAGGUGUCACUGUGUGGUCCUGCUAUUGAGCUGCACAACUGCAUGGCCAAACUGCUGUGCCACCCGCUGCAGAGACCCUUCCAGAGCCACGCGUCCUACAGUCUGCUGGAGGACGAGGACGCGCCGGAGAACGAAGCCACGGUGUGAGACUCACAUCUCCUGGAUGCAUAACCACAGACUGAUCCACUCCAAAAUGAAGGAGUAGAUACGGCCUUGUCCGCUCUUUCUGGACUGGAAAUGCCUCUUUUAUUACUUCUAGAAAACUUCAGUGUCUAGCUCAAGACAAACCAGUUAGUUCUUGAGAAUGUCAGCUAACAGCGUCAUGAUACACCUCUCGAACGUCUGGUGGAGAUUUACAUGUGAAUAAUGGCCAUAGAGAUCCAUUGACUGCUGUUUGCAGUUUGCUUACUGUUUGCUCGUUCCUGUCAAAUAAAUGAAAUGUAAAGGCUC